AUGAAGUCUUUCGCCAUCCUCGCUGCCACCUUUGCUGGUGCUGCUUUCGCCCAGCAGAUGCCCACUGGAGACUGUGCCAUGCUCUGCGUUAACAACAUGGCCCGUAUUGCUCAGUCUGAGUUCUCCUGCGGCAGCGACGACAUUGCCUGCUUCUGCAGCCGCUCCAACUGGGCCUUCGGUAUCCGUGACUGCUCUCGCCAGGCCUGUGACGCCGAACAGUCUGCCAGCGCUGUUCAGUGGGCUUAUGCUCGCUGCUCUGGUAUUGCUGCCACUGCCAGCGAACAGCCCGCCGCUCUUCCCAUCCUCACCUCUGCCGUCGCUAGCGCCACUGCCUCUGGCGGUAACGCUGCUUCCAGCGCCGCCUCAGGUGCCUCAUCUGCUGCCUCCUCCGUAGCUUCGGGUGCUUCCUCUGCUGCCUCAUCUGCUGCUUCCGAGAUCACCUCCGCCGCUAGCUCUGUUGCAUCCGAGGCCUCUGGUCUCACCUCUUCCAUCCUCUCCGAGGCCAACUCUGCAAUUUCAUCCCUCCAGUCCGAGGCCAGCGAGGUCCUCUCAUCCGCCACUGAGGCUCUUUCCUCUGCUACUGGGGCUGCUGGCUCUGCUGCCUCCUCUGCCACCGAUGCUGCUGGCUCUGCUGCUUCCUCUGCUACUGAUGCUGCUGGCUCUGCUGCCAGCACCGAGGCUCAGGGUGCCGCCCCCAAGGCUACUGGUAUUUCCAUCGCCGCUGGUGCUGGUAUUGCCGCCUGGCUCCUUCUCUAAGCGCAUCACAUCAUAUCUUAUCAAAGGCCAUCACCUUGUGGAGUAAUGUGUAUAAUGACUAAGGUUUAUGGGUCGGUAAUGGAAGGUGGCCUUUGGAUAGUGGAUGGGUGGGCAGGUUUCUUUUCUCUCCUAAUGAACACUGACGAGAGAGCAUGAUGAUUAUGACGACUGACUAAUGCUAGUCUGAGCAUUCGAUUUGAUACCCCAACACGGG